AUGAAUUCAAGAAAAUUACCAUAUUAUCCUGCUCCUUCAAGUGUUAAUAGUCUUAACAACCCUUAUACACCAUACUCUACUACAUAUCCUCCAAAUAAAAAUCAAACAAUUUCAUCUUCUAUACCUUCAACUCUUUCAAAUGAAAUAAACAUUCACUCAGAAUCACGUGGUAGUUUUAGUACUCCACAAUCAAUUUCAAUACAAAAAUUAUUUACAAAAACACCAUAUUAUAAUACUAAUACAAAUAGUUCAUUAAAAAAGAAUUUAAUUUCACCACAACCAAGAAGUCCAAUAAAAAUAAGAGAUGAUAGAGAAGAACAUGACAGACAAAGAGAAGAAAUUUAUAAACAAUUACCAACAGAACAAAAAAUUUUAUCAGAAAAAAGACAAAAUCAACGAUGUGAAAUAUGUCAACAAUUUGGAAAAAUGACACACGUCUUUCAUUCAAUUAUACCAAAACCAGAAGAUUUUUGGAGAAUAUUAAUUGAUAAUAGAGAUAAUAUUGCAGAACAUGAACUAACAGUUCAAUUUAUAUUACGGACGAAUAUUAGUAUCAGUUCAUUUGUUAUUUCAGAUGAUAAAACAAAAAAAAUAGAGAUCAAAAAUGAAAAAGAAAGAACGAUACUAAAAAAAAUAUGUGAUCCAUAUGCCAUUAAUAUUAAUGAAUUAAAAAAUAAUAUUGCAAUUAUUGAAAAAACGAUAUUUGUUAAAAAAAUUAUUCAAAUAAAUAUUAAAACUAUUAGAGAAAUAUUAGAAGAAUCAAUGAAAAUAAAUAAUGUAAAUAAACAAAGACAUUCAGUUGUUAUUAUUGAUGACGAUGAUGAUUUAAUUGAAGAAACAGAAAAAAUAAAACAAAUAGAAACAAAAGAAAUAGUAACAUUUAUAUUAGAAUUAUUUAAUGAAUUAUCUAUUGAUUCAUUUAAUUCAUUUUUAAUUAAUAUUGAAGAAAUUGAAGAUAGAAUUUGCAAAAAAUAUCAAAUUAAUUCAUUUAAUCAAAUUAAUAAAGAAGAUUUUACUACAUUUUGUGGAAAAAACAUAGUAUUUCCAUUUAAUCAAAAUUAUAAAAAAAAAAUAAUUCCAGUUAAAUAUCUUACAAGAGAAGUUCCAAUAAAAGAAGAGCCAUUAAGUAUUAUUAUUAAUGAAAUUAAUAAAGCACCUUAUUUAAAAAAUUUAUAUGAUAAUUUAAUAUUACAUUCUAUUGAUUUAGAAAUGAUUAUUUCAACAUAUAAUUUUAAUUCAAAUAUAUUUAUUGAAAUUAAUAAAAAUAAUUUAAUCAAAUUACCAAAUUGUAGUUCUAUUAAUGUAGAAACUAUUACAAAUGAAAAUAUUAAUAAUAUUAAUAUUAUUACUGGCAUUUUUAUUUCUCAAUUAUUUGAUGAAAAUGGUCCUAAAGAAGGUGCUUCUAAAUAUUUUCCAAUUUUAAUGAAAAGUUUUGAACUAAAUGGUAUUUCAAUUAAAACAAAAAUUAGUAGAGCAUUAUUUGUUGCAUCUCUUUUAAAUGAAUUACCAAUAGAAUUUAUUGGAUUAUAUUUAUUAGUUAAAACAAUUCUUAAUAUAUUUAAUUUAACUUUAAAUGAACUUAUAUCAUUGUCAUUAAACAAUGUUUGUUUCUUAAAAUUACCUAUUUUAAAUGAAAUAAAACGAUGUUUUCCAAAUGAAUUAUUAACAAUUAAUACAAUGAAUAUUGAAAUAUUUCCAUUUCAAAUAAAUAAUUCAAUUGAAUAUAACACCAAAAGAUUUGAAUUUCCAAUUCCAAUUGAAAUUAUUAUUGAUUGUUAUAAAAAUAAUAAUAAUGAAGAAAUUAAAAUUGUUGAUUUUCAAAAUACUCUUUUAUUAAAUAAACUUCAAAAUGAAGUUAAUAAUAAUAACAUUGAUUAUCUUCUUGCUUUCUUAACGUAUUUAAACCAAAAUCAAAAAGAAGUUAUUCAUACUUUUCAUACUUUACAAGUUACUUCUUCUUCUGUUAUUCAAACUAAAAAUUAUUCUUCUUUUUAUAAUUCUCUUAAAAACUUAAAAUGGAUUCCUUCUUCUUUAAAUUCUUUUGAAACACCAUUUUCAAUUAUUAAUUCAAAACCAAUUAAUUUUUUAAAUAUUCCAUGUACACCAUUUUUAAUUUCAGAACCAUUAAAUUCUUAUAUUGCAAUUAAAUCAUUUCCAUUACCUGAAGAUAUAUUAAAUUAUUUAUAUCAGAAUAUUAAAGGAUAUGAUCAAAAUUAUUUU